AUGUAUCAUAAUAAAGAGUCAAAUAAUAUGAUACAAUGUAGUUCAUGCUCUAAUUCUGAACUUGACUAUAAAUUUGAUUGUGAAUAUUCUAUUCGUUAUGAUAAUCUUCAAAAUUCAAGAAGUUUGAAACUAGUUGACACAAAUAGUGUUCUUCAUACGCCUGAUACUUGGUUAUUAGAUAAUAGUAAACUUUCAAACAUAGAGCACAACAGAAUCUGCUCAGAAUCCAUUGAUAAGCCUUCCGGUACAGGAUUACAAAUACUUUUAUCAACUAUUUAUGAUCAAUACUCAUUGAUUUUUUCUAAUCCUAAAGACAAUGUGACGAAAAAAGUUCGUCUUCAACACGUUCCAAUUCAGAAGCCAGCAAGCGAUCGGAUCGUUAUAUUCGUGAUAUCGAUAUACUUGAAGUUGCUGGAGUUCCAUUUUCAUAUGGAGAUGUUGGAUAUUCGACAUAUUCAUAAUUCAUUUGGUGCUGUUCGGUAA